GUGCAGCCUGUGGAGGAGAAAAGGGAUAAAACAUUGGCACCAGGGCAGAGCCGGUGUAGUCAGGUUAUUCACAUUUAUAUCUUUUUUUUAUGCAGCUUUGUCAGUGAGAAAGCAUUUCCUUCAUGGAUUUGCUUUGAAUGAGAGAGAGAGAGAGCGCUAGAGAGAGACAGAAGGGGGAGAGAGAGAGAGAGAGAGAGAGAGAGAGAAGAGGAACUUGGCGCUGCAUCCCACAGCUUUGUCCAGCGGAAUUAACAGCAAUAUCAUGGCUAUCCUCGUUUUCGAUAAUGAUGAAUUCAGACCACCAGUUUGGAAGUCUUACUUGUAUCAGCUCCAGCAGGAGGCGCCACACCCUCGCCGAGUCACAUGCAUUUGUGAGGUUGAAAACAGGCCGAAAUACUACGGCCGAGAAUACCAUGGCAUGAUCUCCAGAGAGGAGACGGAUCAGCUGCUGAGUGUGGCAGAAGGAAGUUACCUCAUAAGAGAGAGUCAGAGACAACCCGGCACUUACACCUUAGCCUUACGCUUUGGGAACCAGACCCGCAACUUCCGCCUUUAUUACGAUGGCAAGCACUUUGUGGGAGAGAAACGUUUUGAGUCGAUCCACGACUUGGUCACAGAUGGCCUAAUCACACUCUACAUUGAGACCAAAGCAGCUGAGUACAUCUCUAAGAUGACCAUUAACCCCAUUUAUGAGCAUGUGGGCUACACCACGCUGAACCGUGAGCCAGCACUAAAAAAACCUGCACCCGUCAGCACAGACACACCUGACUGGAAGGAGCCACCUGGUGAGGAAAGCGGCCUGGAAGAGAGGCUCAGCUCGCUGGUGCGCCGGGCCACACUUAAGGACAACGACCGCGUCCCCAAGUAUGAGAAAGUCCACAACUUUAAGGUGCACACAUUCAGAGGGCCACACUGGUGCGAGUACUGCGCCAACUUCAUGUGGGGGCUUAUUGCUCAGGGGGUCAAAUGUGCAGACUGUGGCCUGAAUGUUCACAAGCAGUGCUCCAAGAUGGUUCCCAAUGACUGUAAACCAGACCUGAAACAUGUGAAGAAAGUGUACAGCUGUGAUUUAACCACUCUUGUAAAAGCCCAUAAUUCCAAGCGGCCCAUGGUGGUGGAUAUGUGCAUACGAGAGAUUGAAUCACGAGGUCUGAAGUCAGAAGGUCUCUACAGAUUGUCCGGCUUCAGCGAUUUAAUUGAAGACGUCAAGUUGUCCUUCGACAGAGAUGGGGAGAAGGCAGACAUCUCAGUAAACAUAUAUGAAGACAUUAACAUCAUCACGGGUGCUCUUAAGCUCUACUUCAGGGAAUUGCCCAUUCCUGUUAUCACUUACGACGCAUAUCCGCGCUUCAUCGAGGCUGCCAAGCUGACAGACCCAGAUGAGCGCCUUGAGUCACUUCACGAAGCCCUGAAGCAACUGCCUCCUGCUCACUGUGAAACUCUGAGGUAUCUGAUGGGUCACUUAAAAAGAGUGACCCAGAAUGAGAAGGAUAACCUGAUGAACGCAGAGAAUUUGGGGAUCGUGUUUGGUCCCACUCUGAUGCGCGCUCCGGACCUCGAUGCCAUGACGGCGCUAAACGACAUUCGCUACCAGAGGCAGGUGGUAGAGUCUCUGAUAAAAAAUGAAGACAUCCUCUUCUAGUCUGUUUAUCAUCCCACCUCCUAUGUGAAGGAACACUUUUUUUUUAUUUUCCCCUAAUCAUGGACUGCAGCUUGUGCUGGGGUUUUUUGUUUGUUUGUUUUUUGUUCAAAGACUUGAAACUGAAGGACCAUUGUAUAAUAGUCCAUUCUUCCCACAUCUGGUGGACCAGCUCUAAUUGUUUAACGCUCUUUUUUUUUUUUUUUUUUUCUUGUGUAAAGGGCGUGGAUUAUGUAAAUUAAAUUUGCAUGUCUUCCUCCCCAUUUUUGUCGGGGGUUUCGGUAACUGAACAGUGGCACUCUGCAGAGCCAGAGUUGUUCAUUUUGUGAAGGUUUAGAGUUUACCGAGGAGUAAAAAGCUAACCUCGGUGUACUUCUGCAGCAUGUGAUGAAGCUUGUGAAUAUCUGACACGUUGUGACUGUACUUUUAUUUGUACCAUGUUUGUACACUAGUUCCUAUUUGCCAAACGGGUUUUUGUGUUUUGUGAGAAACUGUAAAUGUGAUCUUUCCCAGUGAUUUUUUUUUUUUUUUGGUGACACUUUACUUGAAAAGCUCAAAAAACAAAAGUUGUAGAAGGCAGUAAGUUAUAAACAAGAAACUUCAGUAAACUCAUUGUAAGCUUUCUAGUAGACAGAUAAUAGUACCAGCAUGUAUUCAUGUGGUGAAAUCUAUCUGUCUUAUUCUUAAAUUGGACAGAUUUUUAUUUUGUAAUUGCUCAGUUGCUUAUAUCAUUUUCUGUAUGCCCAGUAUUUAAUAUGAACUUUUUUCCAGUUUUAAUCAUGUACCAAGUAUCUCAUGGAUGUCAAUGUUACAACACUUAUCAAUAACUCUUCAAGUAAAGUGUCACGGUUGGUUUUUCUUUUUUUCUUCUUUUCCUGUGACUUUUUUUUCUCUCUCGUCUCUGUCUCUGAUCUGCCUUUUUCAUGCAGUACCUCUCUCCAGAGGCUCUUCAGCUCUACUGAUGAAGGGCAUUACAAUCUGUUUACUACUUAGUGUCUAUAAUAGUAGUCUGGCCUUUACAGAAAUCUACUGCACUCUACUCUGAACAGAACUGGUUGGUGUUUUUGGUUGUAAUAUUUUGGUAUUUUAUUUGCUCAUGGAUUAAUUUAUUAAACGUCAAUUUUAGAAA